UGGUUCCACACCCAGCCGCCGCUGACAUCAUUCCCGCAGGAGGGCGGGCGGAGGCACCGCCGCCGCCGCCAGACGGUCGCAGCCCCGGAGAGCUGCCCGCCGGCCCGCGCCCAUUUAUCUCAGCCUAAAGCCUCCCAGAGCAAGGAUGCUGAUUCUCCUGGCCUUCAUUAUCGUGUUUCACAUAACCUCAGCAGCUCUGCUGUUCAUCUCAACUAUCGACAAUGCCUGGUGGGUGGGAGAUAACUUUUCUGCAGAUGUCUGGAGAGUGUGUACCACGAAUACAAGCACCUGUAUGGCUAUCACUGAUGAGUUCAAUGAGUAUCAAUCAAUUCAGGCUGUUCAGGCCGCCAUGAUCCUGUCUACCAUUUUCUGCUGUGUGGCAUUUCUGGUUUUCAUUCUUCAACUCUUCCGUCUAAAGCAAGGAGAAAGAUUUGUGUUAACUUCUGUUAUCCAGCUCCUGUCAUGUCUGUGUGUUAUGAUUGCAGCUUCCAUUUACACAGACAGGCAUGAAGAACUGCACCAGAGCCAUGGAUAUGUAAUGGAAGUUUCCAAAGGCCAAUAUGGCUAUUCCUUUGUCUUAGCCUGGAUUGCCUUUGCCUUUACCCUGAUCAGUGGAGUGAUGUACUUAGUAUUAAGGAAGCGUAAAUAAAUGUCAGCACCUAGUUAUUUCUGUCACUACAGUACAAAACCAAAUUCCAGUAACCAUUUUGUAUAUAAUCAUUUACAUGGUUUUGUAGUAAAGGUAUUGUUUCUCUAAAAAUGUACUGUGUUCUUGAUAUGAAACAGAAUUAAAAAAAAAAAAAAAAGAAGGCAGGUGAAAUGAAAUGACUGGCACCUCCAGGUCAGGGGUCAGAGCAAGACAGAGCCAAGCUGUUUCUUUUACAUUCUUUUACAUAUUUCAUCAUCAUAAAUUGUUUUCCUUUAUUAGACAUUAACAGUUUGUUCCUGGCCUCUAGUAGAUUAGAAAUAAAGCCCAUACAAAUUAAUUUGUAAGCAAUAUACUAAUUAUAUUCCUGGACCAGAUAUCCCUUUGAAAUAUGUUAAAUAGAAGGGCGUGCAACAAAACAAGGCCCAGAUGACAAUGAAAAAGCAAACACUUGUAAAGCCCAGAGCUGCACUCAGAGCGUCUGCCCUGGCUCAGGACCAGUGUUCUGCUCUUUAUAAUGUGCAGUAAGUGUCAUCAAGUUUUUAUUAAAACCACUUGCUUUGCAAAAGUAAACAAGCCCUUUUUGUACUCCAGCAAAUGUUUCUCUUGAUUGUGUUUCACAUUUAAUUUAAGCACACAGAGCCUUUGGUGGGAGCACUUAUCAGCCAAUUCCCUGUUCAGCCUGGGCCCAGCACAGCUGGGGCAGUGAGGAGCUCCCCACCCCAGCCCUGGAUCCCUGAGCCUUGGGCAGCCUUCCUGGGAGGGAGAGAAGGGAAACAGGAAAGCAUUACUGGGCCUGUCUGCAGAUUUCUAAGCAGCCUAGUGAUCAAGCAAUGCCAAAUUUAGGUUUUUACAGCCUAACUCAACAUGUUUAUUACACUGAGUUUUUAUCACAUAGUGAUUUCAUGGUUAAUGUGUCCUGUACAAAAGCAUUCCCUGAGUCUGCCCAUUAGGAAAUUGGCCUUUAAAAAAUUGAUUUUAAAUUCCUUUGUGGAUUUUACUGGAACUAAACUCUGCUACUAACCAAAUCAGAGUGCAAUUGCUAUGCUUAUGAAUUCCAGGAUAGGUUUAAAGAUAAAAUUACUUGGUUUUUAUUUUUCAGUAAUUUUGUGAGCUAAAUCUUUGCUCUAAUACCAGGCUUAACUGCUCAGCAGUGUAAUACUGGAUUUGGCUGAUGGUGAUUCUGGAGAUCAGUGUGGAGAAUGAAUGAAGCAGCCUGUCCUGGUUAGUCACAGCUUUGAUGCUUAAGUACAGAUUUGACUUUUGAAAAGCUCUAACCAUUUAUUUAUUUUUUUCAUAUUCACUACAGCUGGCUCAAUGCAGAGGCAGUAAAAAAGUAAAUAGGUUUUUAAUGAGGUAUUACACUUAAAGGAGAACAAGUUCAGUAUCAUAAGGCAGUGUAGCUCUACUGAAGUUAAUAAUUGCUACAUUAGACAUCAGAUAAUGAAAUUUUAUCUGAUCUCUUCAGAUUUAUCCUUGAUUUAUCACGAAGUAAAAGUUCAGGUGCAUAGCUUUUUAGGAACUGUCUCCAGCAUGGGUGACAGGUCAUGUUGUUCCAUCUUCAUUCCUUCAACAUCCUAUAAUGCUUUGGCAUGUGCUGCUUGUCUUUUGGGAGCAAAGAAAUCCCAAUAAGACUGUUAAAAAAUUAGGAUGAGCAAGCAGAACAUCACAGUAAAAGCAAUAAUAAUAGUUAAAAACCCAUAUCAUUUUGAGAAAAGGGAUUCUUCCCAAUCUAGCAUCAUGCUAGUAUUUCAUCAGGUUUUUUUCCUCUUAGUGGGAGUGCUCUGAAUUUCAAGAAUUAUUACCCUACUUUUUAAAAAAGUGUUUCUAUAAUUUGCUGAAUACAUUUCAGGUUCAAAACCUGAGAUUUUGCUAGCAAACAGAAUUUGUCUUAAAUAAAUAGAUGCAGGUUUGAGGGUGAAAGUAGAUAGACUGUUAGCUAGGCAUUUUGCUACUUUUAUUAAAACAUGAAACAAUAAGGGAAAUUUUUAAGCAAAUACAGAUUAAAGCUCUUAUAUCUAGUUGACAGUCCUGAAGAAUUCUAAGUUAAGCUUUUUAUGCCACUGACUUGCAGAGAUGCUUCAGUUCCUUGCCUUGAUAAUGCUCAGGUCAUUUGUAGAGCAAAUAUUUAAAAUAAAGAUGUAGAUAUAUAUGAACACAGUUUAAUUCCACAGUAAAAGCUCUAUCCCUUUAUUAAAGUGAAAAGCACACACACAACAAAUACUCUGAUGCACAACACCUCCACUUGUGUACAAACACCAGCAUGUGCAUGAUGCCACACAAGAGAUGGGAAUGUUCUGCACAAGUGAACAAAUCAGUCUGAACUAGAGUUUGAGCAGAACAAACAUAUUUUAGGGGUUUUUUUCUACCUUAUAUGUCUUUAAAAUAUACCAUUUUCUAUACUCUAUAUAUUCUGAAAAUGUACAUGAAAAUAAAGUUAAAACAAAUUCUUGUACUGUAUUAGCAAACUCAAUACAUUUAGCAAUCUGACCUUUUCUUUAAGCUUGGGAUAUAUUUACACAAUAUUGGAUGAGAAAUAGUUGAGUUUUUGUGUGAACAGGUAAAAUUAAAUUCUUCCUGCCUGUAA